GUGAUCAUUUCAUCCCGUGCUUAGAGAUCACGGUCGCACUUGGUUCGGACCCAAGUCCCCCCGGCUAGGAGUCGGACAAGUGACCAAGUCCGAUUUGAUGCAAUGCUGUAGCAGGAGCUGAAAGUAUUAUAAGCUGAGGUUUGUCGCCCUCGAUUUCUAGCACGCUCUUCAUCCAAGGCACACGUUCGAUUCUCGAAUCUUGUUACAGCCUCCGAAUUUUAAACCAUUCACCUUCCUCGCGCCUUCGGGAUUGAAAAACUGAACAUGGAUACACCUACAGUCAAGCCGGCUAGAGUCGUCAUCGUGGGCGCCGGCAUUGCCGGACCUACGCUUGCUCUCCUGCUCAAACAGAAGGGAUACUUUCCUGUUGUGGUUGAGAAAGUUCGAGACAUGGGAAAUGUAGGAAUCGCUCUGUCGAUACAUCCGAACGGCAUGAAAGUGCUCAACCGUGCUGGUCUCGCGUUAGACGUGGUGAACGGACCCCCAAGCUCGCCGCCUACAUUGGCAUGGGACGAUUAUACAAACACGGGCGAGUUUCUCGGCGGCCCGGCCUCUUCGCUCCUGGCAGGUUUUAUCGACCGGUAUGGAUGGCCCGUCAUUGGCGUCACGCGAACGCGGCUUCAGACGCUGCUCAUUGACAAGUGCCGUCAGAGUGGUAUCCCCGUCCAUACCGGAUGGAGGCUUGCUUCAUGGGACGAGGUUGGCGACGGCAUAGUGGCUCGAGCCGAAGACGGCCGCGAGCUGCAUGCCGACUUCAUUGUCGGAACCGACGGGCUCAGGUCGCGCACCCGCGAGAUACUCCUCCAAAAAAGGGGCGUCGAGGUACAAGAGCCCAUGUUCACGGGCAUUGUCGUUCGGGGUGGGCAGACGCCAACGCCGGCAGCCUUCGACACGCCAGCUAUCAGAAUCUACUACGGCGCAACGACAACCGUCAUUAGCCACACGCUAGAAGACGGAAUGAGCGUGUGGGGCCUCAACUACUUUGAGAAAACCCCGGUCAAGGAGUCGUGGAGCACCGUGUUGGCUGAAGACCUCCAAAAGGAAAUCGACUUGACUCUGGAAAAACUGGAGGGCUGGGCUAAACCGGUCCGGGAAAUGGUGUCGAAAACGACCAAGAUGAUGUCGAUCGGGCUCUACGACCGCCCCGAGCUGCCGGUCGAGCAGUGGUACUAUGGUAGAGGCAUUGUGGUCGGCGACGCGGCACAUCCGACAACUCCACACGUAGGACAAGGUGCCAACCAAGGCCUUGUGGAUGCCUGGCAUCUGUCGCAGCUCCUGCCGUCGUGCGACGAGCAGUCGGCCAAAUCGCUUGAUAGAGCAGAGCUGGAAACCAUCUUCCACAAUCUCGCAGCGGUCCGACAGGGCCCGACCGCCAUGAUUGUCGAGAGAUCGCGGGAGCAGGGCAAGUUGCGAGUCGUGACUGACAAGUCCCCCGGCGCCAAGGAGAGGAGGGACGACUUGAUCCGGUCUUUUUGGAGGGACCAAGACACGUUCAACCAAAUACACGACAUGCUCUAUAACGAGCCGUUUGAGGACAAGGAGGGAUUUGCCAAGAUGAUGCGUCAGCGUCAGGAAUAGCAGUAGCUAGGUACCUACCUAGGCACUAAACUCUUCAGGCUCACAAGGGCCAGGCAGAACGGUAUCGUACCGUCUUUUUCACACGGAUUUUGCUUGGUUAGGCUCCGGGGCCCAUGAAGCAGUUGAUUAGCGGCCGAAAGGAAUCUCUAAUUAGAUGAACAGGGUACUACUACCAGUAAGAACUUUCGCAGCCUGCCUACGGGGAAUUCUUUCUACAACCCAUCUUGAAAGACCGAUCUUUGCCUAAUGCUCACUUUCCACUUCCUA